GAAGUAUGGAGUUGCUUAGGAACCAGGUUGUGACCCCUGGCAGAGUUUUUGCUCAGCUGUGACUGAAGCUACAAAAACAAACUCGCGGACAUAGUUUGUUUUUUGUCCGUCGAGCUUGCUGUUUAUCAUUGAAUAUGUCGAGCCGGGAUCCUUUCCCUUCCCUAAAGUUUGAGAAUGACCUAACUCUCAGCGGCCUUAGACCAAAACAGAGGAGGACAUAUGAAAAACCGAUUCACAUUGCUCAAACAGAGGAGCCAUGGAGUCGCCUUCAUGAUACAGCCACUUUAGCCAGCACCAGGCGGAGCGAUAUGUUUGAUGACAGUCAGGGUCAAAUCGACAGCCUGGACUUCCAGCUCAAGUCUAUGUAUGAUCAUCACAAAGACCUCUUCUUGAAAAAGAAUCAGCUGAUGUACCAGAGGGAGACUUUCGCUGACGACCAGAAAAAACAGGAAAAAUUGAUCCAGGACAUGCUGAAAAAAGAUCAAGAGAAAACCAUUAGGAUGUGGGUGGAUCCACAAAGGUGCUCAAUUUACAGCAUCAAAUGAAGAACAGGCAUUUUCAAACAUGGGCAACAGCAGGAAGAAAGAUCCAUUCGGUUAACAUGAAGCUUUCUAAACUGCUGUCUCUACAACCUAUACCAGAGCUCAUGAAUAAAUUACUUCUUUCUCUGCA